UGUAAUGAUUUGAUCUGUAUAAACAGGAUACAAGAGAACUUUUUCACUGUAUAUACAGUAUGUGACAAUAAUAAUCCAAUACCAAUACCCCUGAGGUUAGGACGCGGGGGGACAACGCCUCUACCAGCUGUUACGUUGCGCUGCCUGGUAGAACAGAGACAGGGAAAGGGACAGGAUGGCUUCCCCUUUCGGUUCGGCACAGGCUGGCGUGGGCUGGCAGAUGGAUCAUGACGCAUAGGAAGUGCAGAGGCUGGUUGAUGUUGGGCGAGAAUUGGGAACGCUCAGUCCGGAGCUGGAAGCUCUCAGGUCGGGAACCAUGAACGUUGUCUCUCUCGUGUUCCUGUUGAACGCCGCAGUGCCGGCAGGAGGUUCUUCGCUCUAUUCCUUGGUUCUGAGCAACGACAGUCCCAUCACCACAGGCGCAGAGGGUUUGGUGGAGGCCCGGCUGAUAAACAGGGCUGGGACGCAACUUUCUCCCCGUUCUCUCGCCUUCCACUGGGACCUGCGGAGACCGCUCUCCGUCGUGCGCCGCUCGGAGGGAGCGCUGAACAGCACCCUGGUCGUCCGCAGCCGGGCUCCGGGGUUCUACAGACUCCGCGCCUGGGUGAGCCGAGCGGAGUGCCGGAGGUGUCCUUCGCUCGCACGCGGGGCCACAGUUCUGCAUGUGACGGACUCUGUAAUGGGAACUGUUUCAUUGACACAAACGAACAGAAGUGUCACUUCUUUGACCAAUGGGUAUGAACUGGCCACAAACACACGAACAAAAAUCUCAUUCAUCCUCUACGACCCCAGCGGAUACUUCAACACCGCGUCGUUCCACUACCGUUGGCACUUUGGAGAUGGGGAGAGAGCUGUCACAAAUGAUUCAAAUGUAUUCCACGUCUACUCAAAGGCAGGCGUUUACCAAGCUCAUGUUGACGUCUUUGCGUCCCUCAGCCGCUCCCGGAGGAAGACUGGCAUCUUCGGUGCCACACUGAGCCUUCUAGAUUCAAUCAAGGCAAUUGAGAUCGAGCGCGCAGAUGACAAGCGUGCAAGUGACGUCCACGAUUUCCAGCUGCAUGUUAAUGGCAGCCCGCCACUGCAGAUCUGCUGGCUGCUGUCCCAGGACUGCGCCCCCGUCGUCGUCCGCAAGUGUCGGCCAGUCCGCCUGGAGCACUCGCGCAACUACAACCUGAGCUACAGCACGGCUUCUCCAGGACCGUACUCCUUAAGCGUGCGGGCUGAGAACAGCGUGAGCUCCUUCCAGACCUGCUACAGGGUGACCUCGUGGCAAAGUGGUGUUGACCAUGUGUGGUUCAUUGUUCUCAGUGUGACCCUGUUCACUGUGGUUCUGCUUGUCACCCUGUCCACCAUGGUGAGGAACCACAGGCCCCGGAAGGACUUCGUUGAGGUAGCGGAUUUUGACUUCUGUCCGAGCGAAGGGAAGCUGGCGCAAGAGAGGCGAGCUUGGUUGGGGAAGACCUCUUCCCCCUGCUACGGAUCAGGUCUAUCACAGAGCCAUGGCACCGGUGAGACUCACGCCCUGCUGAGGUACAGCGGGAGCCUGCUGCAGGGUUACCGCACCUGGGAGCGCUGGUCCGCUGCGCCCGGGACUGGCCGCUCCCCCAGCACCAGCAAUGCUCAUUCGCACAGCACUUCUGGGAACAUGGGGUGAAAGCCAGACGGCACAGUGGCAAAGAGAGUAGAGCCGUGGCUUCACCACCCCGGAGAUCCGGGUUCGAACCUGAUGUCCGCCUCUGUCUGUCUGGAGUUCGAUAUUGGUACUGUUUUUAUUAGAGAGAGAUCACAUUGGGGGAAAGAUCCCCCUCAUCCUUCUGAACAUUAACUAAGGGCCCAGGGACAACAAACGCUCCUCAAAAGUUAACUUUCUGAUCCUGAGAUCAUCCUUGUGAACCUCCUCUGGACCUUUUCCAACGCCAGCACAUCCUUUCUUCGAUAAGGGGCUCCAAACUGCUCACAAUACCUCAAAUGCAGUCUGACCAAUGCCUUAUAAAGCCCCAGCAUUGUAUCAUUACUUUUAUGUCUGGUCCUCAGAAUUAGAAUCAGAAUCAGGUUUAAUAUCACUGGCAUAUUCAAGAUUCAAAAAACUUUAUUGUCAUUCUAACCGUACAUCAGCUCUGCAGGGCAGAAUGAGACAGCGUUUCUUAGGAGCAGUGCAAUCAUAACAUAACAAACGCAACACUAAAUAAUAAACAUAACAAUAAAUAGUAAAACACAACAGCCACACGUCAGUUAAAAUCAGGUUAUAAGUGUCCAAAGCAGAGUCAGGUAGAGCAGCUAUUUAGCAGUCUGACUGCCUGUGGGAGGAAGCUGUUUAGUAGCCUUGUGGUUUUAGUUUUGAUGCUCCUGUAACGUUUGCCUGAUGGCAGAAGGACAAACAGUUCAUGGAGAGGGUGUGAGGGGUCUUUGUCAUGAAAUUUGUUGACUUUGCGACAGCAGUACAAUGCAAUACAUAAUAAUUGAAAAAACAUGAAUUAUAGUGUGUAUAUAUAGUUAGAUUAAAUAAGUAGUGCAAAAAUAAAAAUUAAAAAGUAGUGAGGUAAUGUUUAUGGGUUCAAUAUCCAUUCAGAAAUUGGAUGGCAGAGGGGAAGAAGCUGUUCCUGAAUCGUUGAGUGUGUGCCUUCAAGCUUCUGUACCUCCUUCCUGAUGGUAACAGUGAGAACAGGGCAUGUCCUGGGUGGUGGGAGUCCUUAGUGUCAGAUACCACCUUUCCGAGGCAUCGCUCCUUGAAGAUGUCCUGGAUCCUACAGAGGCUGGUGCCCAUGAUGGAAAUGACUAACUUUACAACUCUGCAGCUUAUUUCAAUUCUGUGCAGUAGCCCUGCUCCCUCCCCCCACCAGACAGUGACACAGCCAGUUAGAAUGCUCUCCACCACACAUCUCCAGACAACUGUGAGUAUCUUUGGUGACGUAUCAAGUCCUCAAACUCCUAAUGAAAUAUAGUUGUUGUCGUGUCACCCUCAUGAUCGCAUCAAUAUGCUGGGCCCAGGAUGGACCUUCAAGGUUUAGUGAAAGUUUACAGUUGCAACACUGCUCAACCAGCUGAUCUGUACGCCUCCUCAUCACCAUCUGAACCGAUCUGUCUCACUCCUGUACGCCUCCUCGUCACCAUCUUGCAUCCUACGGGUAACAGUUGUGUCAUCGGCGAUUUUAUAGAUGGUGUUUGCACUCUGUCCAAGCACAGCAUUGGGUGUAGGGACAGUAGAGCAGUAGGCUGAUGUAGUAUCCUUGAGCAAUGCACUAGAUGGGCUGAAUGGCCGGCGUUGUUAAUCCAGAGGGUAAAUGAAACAACAGUAGGCACUGACACAGUUCAGAAUCAGUGUUUUUUGACAAAGGACUGAUAGAAAUUAACAUAUUAACGGGCGCCGCAGUAACGCACAACGCUAUUACAGCUCGGGGCAUCAGAACUUGGAGUCCAAUUCUGGCGCCGUCUGUAAGAAAGCUUAUAUAUUUUUCCCAUGAGUAUGCGGGUUUCCUCCGAGUGCUCUGGUUUCCUCCCACAGUCCAAAGGUGUACCAUAGGUAGGUUAAUUGGCCAUUGUAAAUUGUCCUGUGGUUAGGCUAGGGUUAAUUAGGUGGGUUCAAUAGGAUGGAAGGGCCAAUUCUGUACUGUAUCUCUAAAUAAAAAAAUAGAAAGACUUGACUCUCAGAAAUUUGAUCUGAUUGGGCUCUGUCAGCUUUUCCUUUGGCCAGAACCCUCCCGGAAUUCCGGGUGUGUGAGCUGCGGUCCGGAAGGGAAUGAAAGGGUGAGGAGAAGUGUGAUGAGGUCUUACAGUUCAUGCCGGAUGAUCUCAUCGCCACAACGGUAAACAAGAUGCUACUCACUGUUUCUGCAAUAAAUCUUCCUGACAGCAGCGAGGACACAGUGAACCUGUGUUAGAUACUCACGAGGCUGCACACUUUGUGAAGAUACAUCCUCUCCUUCACCACAUUCAUCUUCGGCUCUAAUGUAUUGUGUUGCUUCAGUGCUGGUUGUUGGAGUUAGGUGAAAGAAGAGAUUGGAUUUAUCCAGGACUUUUUCCACCGAGGUUGGGUAAGACUGUAUCACAUAACUUAAGAACAUAAGAAAUAGGAGCAGGAGUCGGCCAUCUGGCCUGUCGAGCCUGCUCUGCAAUUCAAUAAGAUCAUGGCUGAUCUGACCAUGGACUCAUCUCCACUUACCUGCCUUUUCCCCGUAACCCUUAGUUCCCCUGCUAUGCAAACAUCUGUCAAGUCUGUCUUAAAUAUAUUUAUUGAGGUGGCCUCUGCUGCUUCAUUGGGCAGAGAAUUCCACAGUUUCACCACUCUCUGGGAAAAGCAGUUCCUCUUCAUCUCCAUCCUGAAUCUACUCUCCUGAAUCUUGAGGAUAUGUCCUCUAUUUCUAGUCUCAGCUACCAGUGGAAACAACUUUCCUGCCUCUGUCAUCUAUCCCUUUCAUAAUUUUAUAUGUUUCCAUAAGAUCUCCUCUCAUUCUUCUGAAUUCCAGCAAGUACGGUCCCAGGCAACACAAUCUCUCCUCAUAGUCCAACCCCCUCAUCUCCAGAAUCAACCUGGUGAACCUCCUCUGCAGCACCUCCAAAGCCAGUAUAUUCUUCCUCUGGUAAGGAGACCAGAACUGCACGCAGCACUCCAGGUGCGGCCUCACUAGCACCCUGUACAGUUGCAGCAUAACCUCCGUGCUGUUAAAUUCAAUCCCUCUAGCAAUGAAGGCCAACAUUCCAUUUGCCCUCUUGAUAGCCUGCUGCACCUGCAAACCAACCUUCGGCGACUCAUGCACAGGCACGCCCAAGUCCCUCUGUACAGCAGCGUGCUGAUCUUUUACCAUUUAAAUAACAAUCUGAUCGUCCAUUUUUCCUUCCAAAGUGGAUGAACUUGCAUUGUACUCCAUUUGCCAGACCCUUGCCCACUCACUUAACCUAUCUAUAUCUCUCUGCAGACUCUCUGAACUAGAGGUCAUGGGUUAAAGGUGAUAGGUGAAAUGUAUAAGGGGAACACGAGGGGGAGCUUCUUCACUCAGAAGGUGAUGAGGUGUGGAAGAGCUGCCAGCAGAACUGGUGCAUGCCAACUCGAUUUCAACAUGUAAGAAAAACUUGGAUAGGUACGUGGAUAGCCCAGGUGCAGGUCAAUGGGACUAGGCAGAGUAUUGGUUUGGCAUGGACUAGAUGGGCCACAGUGCUCUAGGUCAAAGAAGUGGGCAGGGAAAAAAAUCAUUGCGGACACUACCCACCCAGCAAACUGCCUUUUCCAUGAACUCCCUUCUGGAAAGUGCUACGGGGCUAUUAAAACUAAAACUUCACGCCAUAGAUGUUUCUCCCCCCAGGCAGUUAAUCUGAUCAACCAUUCUAGUUAUACCCUCCCCCCCCCCACCCCAUCCCUAUCUAUUACCCCCAUCACCGCACUGUAAACUGCAGUUUUCUCCCACAGUCCAAAGACGUACCAGUUAGUAGGUUAAUAGGCCAUUGUAAAUUGUCCUGUGAUUAGGCCAGGGUUAAAUAAAUAAACCAGGGGUUUCCAACCUGGGAUCCACAAACUCUUUGCUUAAUGGAAAGGCUCCAUGGCAUAAAAAGGGCUGGGAACCCCUACUCCAAACAUUUUCUCUCCAUGUACAUCUUUGGAAUGUGGGAGGAAAUCAGGGUGGUUACAGGAAGAACAUCCAAACUCCUUACAGACAGUGGCCAGUUUAGACUCCUGUACGUACUUCCCUCCAGUCUGAUAAACACCCAGCCAGCUGGAGAGGCUGUGAGCACCUACACUGUUAAUCCCUCAGUAUCACAACGUUCUCAAUAUCAUCAGACCAGCUAAUCUCUUGUCCUCAAAGUCCUUCCAUUAAAAAAAGUAUAGUCUAAAAAUAACCAGGAGUAAUAGUGUGGAAAAGACAGAGUCAUCGGGAUCUGUAGGGACACACUUGGAGUCAUUGAAGACAUACAGCGCAGAAACAGGACCCAUGGCCCACAGAGUCCAUUCUGGCCAUCAACCUCCUAUUUAUGCUAACCCUACACUAACUGCAUUUCAUUCUGCCCAGAUUCCCAUCAGUUGCCUCCAGCUUCUACCCCUCACCUGCACACUAGAGGCAGUUUAUUGCAGCCAAUUCAUCUACCAGCCUGUCCAUUUUCAAGUCGUGGGAGUACACCAGUGUCUAGAGUCAGAGUCCUCACUGGCAGAAGUCAUCCCCCCCCCCCACUCCAGGUCACUGGGGUGGAAGGCAGUGCCAAUCCAACAGUCAAGGCCCAAAGGUCAAACCUGUUAUCAGCGAGUCCUUGGGUCGAGGCCCGAAAAUCUAAUCAGUGGUUUGAGAAUCGAGGGUUCGAAACCCCAGAGCUUGGUGAGGUAAAAAGCCAAAAGGCCAAAGGAGAAUGUAGAAAGUAACGGCUGGUUAGGGAAAAAUCAUUCAUAUUAAGUCAUUCAAGUCAUUGAAGCCGACUGAAUAUUGGAAGGCCUAAACAGAGUGGAUGUGGAGAGAAUGCUUCCUACAGUGGGAGAGUCUAGUACCAGAGGGCACAGCCUCAGAAUAGACAGAGAUGUGGAGGCAUUUCCUUAGCUGGAGGGAGGUAAAUGUGUGGAAUUCAUUGCCACAGGUGGCUGUGGAGGCCAAAUCUUUGGUUUUCACUGUAGAAGACACCAGCAGAAUGCCAGAAAUGCAAGAACACCAGGGGGCAGAAGUGAGUACUGUUGGUAUUACUAAGGGGAAAGAGGUUGGGAAGCUGAAAAGUCUGAAGGUAGAUAAGUCAUCUGGACCAGAUGGACCUCACCCCAGGGUUCUGAAAGAGGUGGCUGAAGAGAUUGUGGAGGCGUUGGUGAUGAUCUUUCAAGAAUCACUAGAUUCUGGAAUGGUUCUGGAGGAGUGGAAGAUUGUAAAUGUUACUCCAUUCUUUACGAAGGGAGGGAGGCAGAAGAAAGGAAAUUAUAGGCCAGUUAGCCUGACUUCAGUGGUUGUAACUAUGUUGGCAUCUAUUAUUAAAGACAAGGUUUCAGGAUACUUGGAGGAAUAUGAUAAAAUAGGUCAA